AUGACCUCUUACCUAUGCCUCCACUUACCAGAGCCAUGGCAGACAGCAGGUGGAAUCUACCUCUCCACCCUCAUCGCGCAGACGUCUACUCCCACAGUCAUGAUAUGGGGUAGCGCGCCAUACAUCGGCCUCGUUGUCGCUUUCGGAACACGAUUUGGCCCAUCCGAUAUGACUGCAUCCCAGACAUACUGCGUCAUCACUACAGUCAUACUCUUGUACCUCGACAAGGCUGCGACCGCUAUUGGCAAGACUGCCGAACCAAACUUCGAAGAGACUGGACUUCAGCACCGCGCUGUACACUUUGCGCUUGCUUUCUUCGUCCUUUCGGAGCUGGAAUACCACCGACAAUACUACGCUACCAAAAGCUUCAAGAAGUCAGAUAAAUCUUCGUGGCGUUCUUGGGUGGCUGAUGCCGAUCCCUACCAUUUCACUUAG